UUGUUGAUGAUGCUGAUGUAAGUACGAGAUGAGUGAGGGGUAGCUUAACUACCUAGGUACUUACCUGGGUAUUCAUUCACCCCUGCAAGAUAUGAGCCCCCCCCGACAGAUGCAACACCUCAGUCCAAUGUGCAGCAACUUGGGGAGGAAGACCUGCGUAGACGUGAAUAUGCACAAGCCGAUGCCUCUUAUCAAUGGGAUGCUCUGCCCGGAGUUUCCUGGCUACUCGGGCCAAUCAGGAGAGGGCGAAAUUGGCGUGUUCUCUCGUCGCCGCCGGCGCGGGGCACAGCUGGGCGCUCGCCAUUGGUCCAGCGCGGCAUCGAACGAUACCGGCCGCCACCAGCCCUUCGCACCGUGCCACACUGUCCCCUAUCGCGCCUUUCCCAGGCGCAGUGCACAGUGCCAGCCUACAAACAUCGGAAAACUCUUCGGUCCCAUGGAAUUCCCACCCCCCAGCACCGAUUUCGAUUGCGAUACGACGAGCUUAGCCCAGCUCCCACCCAGCGAAGACAGAUCCAUCGGUCAAUGGCAGCGUAGCUGGGAAUAACGAGACCGGCCUUGAGAACAACACAGAGGAAACCAGGAUAAGAAGAAUUGGCCAGAGCUGCGGUUUACGACUCGUCCCUACCACCGGCUUUUUUUUCCCCCGUCAUUUCUCCCUGCCUGUCAUUCCCCUCGUACACGUAGUCUCUCUCUUCCGUCAUGGCGUCCAUUGCGAGAUGUCUCCGCGCCGCUAGGCCGUCGACGACCUUCUCGAGGCUCGCCGCCGCUACCACCCCCCGCGCGCCGCCGGGCUGGCAACUGCGGGCCUUCUCUGCCUCGCCCUGCCGCGACCUCCGGCGGUACACCAAGGACCACGAGUGGAUCGACGUGAGCGCGGACAAGACGACGGGAGUGGUGGGGAUCUCGGAGUACGCGGCGAAGGCGCUGGGGGACGUGGUGUACGUGGAGCUGCCGGAGGUGGGGCGGGAGGUGCAGGCGGGCGACGCGAUCGGCGCGGUCGAGUCGGUCAAGAGCGCGGCCGACAUCAACUCGCCCGUCUCCUGCACCGUCGUCGCCGUCAACCGGCCCCUCGAGGAGCGCCCCGGCAUCAUCAGCGAGGUCCCCGAGGACGACGCCCACGGCGGCGGCUGGAUCGCCAAGGUCGAGCUCAGCGACCAGGGCCGCAAGGACUUCGACGCCCUCCUCAACCCCGACGAGUAUGCCGCCUUCACCGACGCCGAGCACUAAAAUUGCUCUCGCCUACCUCUCGCUCUCGCUGUCUCCUGCCGCUCCCCUGCACCCCCUCCUCACCCUCCCCCUCCUCAUGCGCACGCUCUGCUCUCCCUCGAGCGGGCGGCCACCGAACUCAACCUGGGGACCGUGGAAGGGCGCUGCAGUGAGAGCAUAAACACACGAUGCGGUUAUUAAGCGGCGAAGGAAGCGACGGGUGUGUCCCCUACCAUAAUCUAGAUAACGGGGAGGGCUGUAGCCGGGUGCAGCUUUUGCUUUGUUUUUUUCUCUCGGGGGGUAUAGAGAAACGGAACUUCAACAUCGAGCUAGGACGGAAGCAUAUCAAGAGGGGAGGCAGAUUUAUUAGACACAGAGAGGGAGACGGGCUCAACCUUGUAUCAUACAAAACCUCGUGUGUAUGUAUGUAUGUGUUGGCAGGGGUAGGGGGGCGGUAUUUCUUGUGACCGACUGGCCCGAACUUACAGACUAGCCGACUACCUAUCCGCCCGCACAACGGCGGAAGGGGAAGCGUAGCUGUAGUCGGUGAAAGAAAAAGAUCAUCAUCUAGACAAACCUAGCUACAUAGAUGCCAGCUGGCCUAGUCUAUACAGAAUCGUCCCCCCAU